AUGAGUGACAAAGGUCUUCUCGAGCAGCUGAAUCGUACCACGGAAUCGCUUUCGCACUCGCUGACGAAUUUGAUUAGAUAUGCGUCGAUCUCCAGAGAGAAAGAUGACGACGAACAUGGAGCACAGGAAUUGCCCGAAUCCACAUCAAAAACGUCCACUGGCGGCUUGAUGAUGGUAAGUGGACAAACCGCGCAAUUGAUACGCGGGGUCCAAGACCUCAUGGUGAUGACGCGGAACAUACGUGAGAAAUGGCUCUUGACACAGAUUCCAGAUGAAAAAAUAGAUUCACAACAGGAGUUGGAACUAGCCAAAUGUGCAGAUCUUUUGGAGGAAUGGUCCAAGACCGUUUUGGGGAAGCCUUGA